AAAGCUUUACCAUAACUCCGGUCUCCGGCUGUGUGGAUGCCAACAACUGCUUAAACAAAACCGUCAAGUUUACGGUCUUAAUUAGACCAACAAAAUGCUUUCGCCUGAACAAAACGACGAGGGAGGGCUGUGAAGUGUGAAGUACGCCUAUCUGCAACUCCUCUCCCCUGUUCAAUGGCCUCUAUCUCUCUUUCUUCGUUCUGCUCAUCUCAGAGACCGGCAUAUCUGUUUCUCGAUUCGAAUUCCACGGAUCGGUCGCGGUUCGGGUCAUUUUCUCUGCGAUUCCGGUCGAUAAAGAAAUCAAGAGUCAGACUUUCUAUGUGCAAGGCUGCUUCUGUUGUCUUCCGUGACCUCGAUGCCGACGAUUUUCGCCAUCCUCUCGAUAAGCAGAACACAUUGCUUUUGCGGGCAAUUCCAGGUCUUAAUGAACUUGGCAAAGUUCUUUUAGGAACUGUUACGGAGCAGGUCAUGCUUCUUGAGAAUAUAGGGACAUCUGUUCUUGUUGGUGAAAAUCAGCUUUCUGAAAUUCAUGAAUUGAUGGUUGAGGCGGCAAAAAUACUAAACAUUGAAGCUCCUGAUUUGUACAUUCGCCAAAAUCCUGUACCCAAUGCAUACACUCUAGCCAUCAGUGGUAGAAAACCAUUUGUUGUUGUGCAUACAAGCCUUGUGGAGCUUCUGACCAGAAGGGAGCUGCAGGCUGUUUUGGCACACGAGCUGGGUCAUCUUAAAUGUGAUCAUGGUGUAUGGCUUACAUUUGCGAACAUUCUUAUGCUUGGUGCAUACACUGUACCUGGGUUUGGUGGAUUGAUUGCUCAGAGAUUGGAAGAACAGCUCUUUCGCUGGCUCCGAGCAGCAGAACUAACAUGUGAUCGAGCAGCCCUUCUUGUAGCCCAGGAUUCCAAGGUGGUCAUUUCUGUUCUCAUGAAACUAGCUGGGGGCUGUCCCUCCCUCUCUAAUCAACUUAAUGUGGAUGCAUUCUUGGAGCAAGCUCGAUCUUAUGACAAGGCUUCUUCAAGCCCAGUUGGAUGGUAUAUAAGAAAUGCUCAGACAAGGCAGCUCUCCCAUCCUUUGCCUGUUCUACGUGCCCGUGAGAUUGACAAAUGGUCAAGGAGUCAAGAGUACUUAACCCUUCUUAGACAGGCAACAGAGCUCAGUUCUGUUCAGAAAGUUUAGACUAGGCAAAGAGAGGUUGCAGCUUGAAGAGAUCCAGAUGAUUUAUGAAGGCAUUGGAGCACAGAAAAGGGGAAUGCAGAGAACCAGUGCAGAAUAUGACACGUAUAAUUCUUAUGCUUAUAGCAGGACCAUACAAGUACAGUAUGGAAACAAAACCUUGGUGUGAUUCAUCCAGGUCUACUGGUAUACUUAAAAGAGCAGAAGGAUAUUGGUUCUGAAAAGUUGUUGUAUACUUGCAACUAGAUGAUUGUAUGGUUUAUAUUAUCUCUGAAUGUAUGAUACUGUUUCUUAAAUAUACAACAUUUGUACGGGGUACUCAUGAAAUAUCCCUUGCUCGCUGGGAAGGAAGAUUGCUGCAAUGCAAAUUAUUUGGUAGUGCUAAAUAACAUGUGAGCCUUGUGAGA